CUUUCGAUGUUGUGGAGACACAGAACUUUGGAUUAUUUACCUGCAUCGUAUUACUAUCAAGUGUUUGGUUCGUUGACUAUGAUAUUCUUAAGCUUGGUUGAGCUGUGGUUAUUUAUUUGUGGAAGUUGGAAUGAUUGUAAUGACCAAUAUCUGCUGCUCUUGUAAUUAUAUCAGAACUUUCUAUUCUUUUAAUUGUAAUUGUAAUUGUAGAUGUUGGGUUCUCUUUUGUAAUUAUCUCCUUUCUUCUCUUGUUUAAAUUGGUAUUCCUCUUGCAGAGUCUCAGCACGCACAAACAUGAAUUUUAAGAAUAUGAAAGUUCCAAAAGUGCCGCUUCGUGGGAUUGGUGCUUUGCUUAGUGUGGGAGUUGUUGGUGGUCUAGGUGUUUAUGGACUUCACAAUAGUGUCUACAAUGUUGAAGGAGGAAGCCGUGCUAUUGUGUUCAACCGCAUUACUGGUAUCAAAGACAAGGUCUAUCCAGAAGGUACACACCUAAUAAUUCCCUGGUUUGAGAGGCCAAUCAUCUAUGAUGUUCGUGCACGACCCCAUGAGACAAGCAGCAUUGCUGGAAGUCGUGACCUCCAGAUGGUGAAAAUAGUGCUUCGAGUUCUGGCCCGUCCUGUGCCUGACCAAUUACCUACAAUGUAUCGUACUCUCGGUGUGGAUUAUGCUGCCAAGGUCAUGCCUUCAAUCGUUCAUGAAACUUUGAAAGCUGUAGUUGCACAGUAUAAUGCUAGCCAACUCAUUACUCAGAGAGAGACUGUUAGCAGGGAAAUUCGGAAGAUUUUGACAGAGAGAGCAGCCAAGUUCAAUAUUGCAAUGGAUGAUGUAUCUAUUACCAGCCUGACGUUUGGGAACGAGUUCAUGACUGCAAUUGAAGCCAAACAGGUAGCAGCUCAGGACGCUGAGAGGGCCAAGUAUGUUGUGGAGUUAGCUGAACAAGACAAGAAAAGUGCUAUUAUCAGAGCCCAGGGUGAAGCAAAAAGUGCCCAGCUGAUAGGUGAAGCCAUUGCCGAUAACCCAGCGUUUGUCACUUUAAGGAAGAUUGAAGCUGCAAGAGAGAUAGCAAAAGAAAUAUCCAAUUCAGCCAAUAAAGUUUAUCUCAACUCCGAUAGUCUUUUGCUCAACCUUCAGGACUUGAAGUUGACUUAAGUGGGGAGAAGAUGAAUAUACCAUCUGCUUGACUAAUAAUCGUUCAUCUUAGGGUAAUUCAAAUGUGUUGAUAAACUGGGUGGUAACAAAUUAGAUUGGUUUUUUUUUUUUUGGUUGAUGCAUUUGUUGGAAAUUCAUAGUUCCAAGAUCAUAGGAUUGUAAAAGUAGAAUAU